UGUUUGGUAUGAUGCUAGUGCCCUUAUUCUAAGAUAUUUAGAUUUAGCUUCACGUAAUAAUCACAAUAAUCAUCUCUAAUAAAAAGUAAUUACGCCACUAAUCCCACUACUCCCCCUUUCCUGCUCCUGCUUCCUCAACUUCUUCCAUCCUCAUUAAUCAACAAAAAAAUUAAAUAAAAUAAACACACACACACACAGACACAACCGCCAGAUUUUGCAGGCAAUUUUGCUCAAGAAAAUUAAGCACGACAUUCUAGAGCUUCACUGUCGAACUCCAACACUUUGUUGAAUGCGGCUGUCUUUGUAAAUCGCAGUCUUUCAUCUCUCUCUGUGAAAUCAAGCCUCCCUUUGAAUCCAAGUCUUCCUCUUCGCCGCUGUCAGUUGCUGAUUCUGAUUCCAGAUUUGUUGUGCAGCUCGCUUUCUUUUAUUUCUUUAUUUCUUUUCUCUCCGCGUAGAAUAAAGAGAGAAUCUUGGUUUCUUCUUAUAUUCUGUUUUUUCUUUCUUUCUUUAAAUUCUUUGUUGAUAAACCAGUUGAGCGCCCACAUUUGGGCUGGCUUCAGCUACUCUAGCUCCAUAUUCUUUUUGGGUUUUUUUUACACUGGUUUUUUGGAUUGCCUCUGCAAGAACACAAGUGUGUGUGUGUGUGUGUGUGUGUAUGAUUCAGCUUGAAAGAUGAGAUGGUUUACUUCAUUUGGAGCUCUUUUAUUAAGUUUAGGACUCUUUCUGGCAGACUGCGCCACAUUCCCCCAAAAUGAAGUUGAAGCUUUAAAUUCCUUCAAGAGGGAGAUUUUGGAGGAUCCCUCGCAUGUGUUGUCGAAUUGGAAUUUUCUCGACUCCGAUCCUUGUGGUUGGCCUUUCAUUGCUUGCUCUGUGGCUGGAGAUCAUGUCACAAAGCUUAAUGUGUCUGGAAAGUCUUUGAAGGGGUUUAUUGCACCAGACUUGUACCAGCUCUCGGGUUUGCAAGAACUAAUUUUGCAUGGCAAUUUGUUGAUUGGUACAAUUCCUAAGGAAAUAGGCAUGCUGAAAAACCUCAAGGUUUUGGACUUGGGUUCGAAUCAGCUAACAGGAGCAAUCCCUCCCGAGAUUGGGAACUUAAGCAGCAUUGUGACAAUAAAUCUUCAAUCCAAUGGGUUGACGGGAAAGUUGCCUCCUGAACUUGGGAACUUGGAUUAUCUUGAGGAGCUUCGACUGGAUAGGAAUAAGCUUAUUGGCACUCUGCCUGCUAAUGGUUCAGAUACUACCUCAGAUACACGUGGAAUAUAUGCUUCAAACAGCGAGCCCACUGGAUUUUGUCGAACCUCCCGACUAAAAGUGGCUGACUUUUCAUUCAAUUUUUUGGUCGGAGUCAUUCCUAAAUGCUUGGGAUAUCUUCCUAGGACAAGUUUCCAGGGCAAUUGCCUUCAAGACAAAGAUGCGAAGCAGCGAUCGGCUGCAUUAUGUGCAGGUGGUGCGCCACCCACGAAAGGCCAUUCAGUUAACCCGAAGCACAUGCCUAUUGCAGAAGAAGCGAAGGGUCGAGCUAAUGCAUCGAAACCUUUGUGGCUCUUGGCUCUUGAAAUCGGAACCGGAACUAUAGUAGGUGUGCUCUUCGUGAUUGCUCUUUUCACGGCCUCCCAGAAGUGGAAGAGACGACACUCUGUCAUGAUCCCGUGGAAGAAGUCUUCGAGUGCUAAAGACGACAUUUCAAUUUAUAUCGAUUCUGAAGUACUGAAGGAUGUAGUGAGGUAUAGGAGACAGGAACUCGAAAUAGCCUGUGAAGAUUUCAGCAACAUCAUCGGCUCGUCUCCGGAUAGCUUAGUAUAUAAAGGAACCAUGAAAGGCGGGCCGGAGAUCGCCGUAAUAUCCCUUUGCAUUAAAGAGGAGCAGUGGUCAGGCUACCUUGAGCUUUAUUUUCAGAAAGAGGUGGCCGGCUUGGCAAGAUUAAAUCAUGAGAAUGUGGGGAAAUUGCUCGGCUAUUGCACGGAAAGCAAGCCAUUUACAAGGAUGCUGGUUUUCGACUAUGCAUCGAACGGAACGCUCUAUGAGCACCUUCAUUAUGGAGAAGCAUGCCAAUUCUCAUGGACUCGGCGCAUGAGAAUUCUUAUCGGGAUUGCCCGGGGUUUGAAGUAUCUUCACGCCGAACUCAAUCCACCAUUUACAAUAUCUGAGCUGAAUUCUAGUUCCAUCUAUCUAACUGAUGAUUUUUCUCCCAAGCUGGUUGAUUUUGAGUGCUGGAAGGCAGUUGUUUCGAGAUCUGAGAAAAGCUCGGGCACCAUCAGCAACGAAGGUGCAGUUUGCAUUCUCCCGAAGAAUUUGGAAGGGCGUCAUCUUGAUAUCCAGGGAAACAUAUAUGCAUUCGGGAUUCUGUUACUUGAAAUUGUGAGCGGGAGACCUCCGUAUUGUGAAGAUAAAGGAUGCUUGGUGGAUUGGGCUAAGGAGUAUCUGGAUUUGCCAGAGGUUAUUUCUUAUGUCGUGGAUCCCGAGCUGAAGCAUUUCAGAUACGAGGAUCUGAAAGUGGUGUGCGACGUUGUGAACCUGUGCAUCCGUCCCAACACCAGCACGAGGACGUCCAUGCUGGAGCUGUGCACCAUGUUGGAGAGUGGCAUCGACACAUCUGUGCCUGCGGAGAUGAAAGCGUCGUCUCUGGCUUGGGCUGAGCUCGCGCUUUCUUCAUAGUGAGUCUUGCCCAUACUGUAAAUCCGAAUUCUUCUUUGCGCUUUUUUGGGUUGCUGCAAAUCUCCUUGAGGUGCCUGAGUUCUUGUAAAUGCUUCAUAGUUCUUUUUUUUUGGAUAUCAUUAGGUAGGCCAAAAGUUUUUGCUUCGCUGUGACUCUUUGAUGUUUCUUUUUUUUUUUUGAAUUCUCUUUGAUGUUUCUUGGUGUUGUGUGUUUUUAAGCUGAGAUUUUGACCUUCAAAGAAGAAGAAAAAAGCUGAGAUUUUGUUGGUUGUAUUAAA